UUCCUUUAUUAAGUCACACUGACAUAAACCAAGCUGGAUGCGACAUGAUUUUGACCGAAACCAGAAAUUAUCCAAAAUAAUGGUUAGCUACAUGUUACCAGUGGACUUUGGUCAGAAUAGUUUAUAUAAUUCAUCUUCACCAGAUUUUCCGAUGGAUCAGGAGAGCCAAGAUUAUUUUGAGAAUAUAAUGAUGGAUUUGCAUGAAAGACCACAGGAUCCACCAUCAUUUUCUGGAAGAGGAGAUUCCUUGUCAUCAUAUCCAUCACCAAACCAACCUGAAUCACCCAUUGCCGUAGUAACCUCUACAGAAGAUAUUCAGGUGUCUUCUGCUUCUGAUGAAAGAGUGCAAAAAUCAAAACCAUACAGCAAAAGAUUACCACCUCCUAAACAACUAUAUACAACAGAGCUUGCAGUAUUGUGUAGAAUUUGUGGUGAUAAAGCCUCCGGUUUCCAUUAUGGAGUACAUUCAUGUGAAGGUUGUAAGGGAUUUUUUAGAAGGACCAUAAAGAAAAAUUUAGUGUAUAAGCCAUGUCGAGCAAUAAAACAAUGUAAGCUGUCAUUAGGGUCCAGAAAUAAAUGUCAGCACUGCAGAUUUCAGAGAUGUUUACGGGCAGGGAUGUCUCAGGAUGCUGUACGAUUUGGAAGAAUGCCAAAAGUUGAAAGAGAAAAGUUAAUGGCUGACAAAGAAGAACUGGAAGAGAACAGCAGCGUGAGAAUACUGGAGUUACGAUCUAUAACAGAUAUUAUAAAACAGUCAUUUCAUCAACAUGUUGUGGAAAUUCUCCUCAAAUUCAAUGGUGGGGAUGAUGAAAAACAAGAGAGCAAAGAUAUAGUGAUAAACAGACUGGAAUCAGAGGAAGAUUUUGAGAAUUGGAAGAUUUACAUAAAAUAUCAAGAAGUAGUGCUGCCAUUGAUGGAGGGAGCCGUAAGAUUUGCUAAACAACUUCCUGGAUUUUUAGAGCUAUCAACAUAUGAUCAGAUCACAUUAAUGAAGCAGGCAUCUAUGUCUGUUGCCAUAGUAGCGAUGAGUCCAUUAGUGGAAGAUGUGAAAUUUAAAAUUCCUGGAAUGGAGGUGAAUUUAAUUCUCAACAAAAGUCUGUUAGAAGAAUGUAGGAUCGUCAGACAACUUUUUGGUCAGAUUUGGAAGUUUUACGAAAAGUUGAAGAAAUUUGAACUUUUGCAAUCAGAGAUUUCAUUGUUUUGUGCCACACUUUGUUUUUCAGAAAAUCCUUUUCUUCAAAGUCCAACAGAAAUAGACAAAAUACAGCAAGAUCUACUUCAAGCUUUGAGAAUCGAAUUGAAACACAAUCAUCCAAAACAACGCCAUUUAUUUCCCAAUCUUGUUAUGCUGGUCACAGAUCUGCGCCAAGCUGUUGAGGCAUUUGGUCAAAACAUCAGAAUUGGCAUCAUUGACAAAUCGAAGGAUCUCUCCGACACUGCACCACUAAUCAAAGAAAUGUUUAAUAUAUAGAAGAACUCACAGUAAGCAUUCAAUCUUUUAAUGUUGAACUGAAAAAAUAUGGUCAAAGUGACAAUGGAAAUAUUCAGUAAAAUUUCAUGGGUCUGAAGCCCAACAAAUUAUGUUACCUUUUACACUUGCAUGGCGUUAACUUUUUGUUGUGCUAUCGGGAGAAUGGAAAGGGGUCAUUAUCUUGCAGAAAGGCAAGAAGGUUAUAACCGGUGAAUUGUUGUAUAUAUGUGUUGUUUUUAUAGCUCAUCUGUUGGAUAAAGUUAUGUUAUUGAUCAUCAAUUACAUUUUAAAUUUUUGUUCCAGAUUAUUUUCCUUUUCAUGUUGUAUAUUUAUCUUUCAUACUUUCCUUUUUGAUUCACAAAUUACCUUGUUUAAGAUCUUACACAGAAAUUUAAAAAUAUAUUUGAUAAGCCGAAAACAAAAUAUUUUUCUGAAAUUUAUCUCUCAAUUUGAUCUAAACAGAUGUGACUAUGUUUUUGUACUUUAUGAUUGACAGAACUACCUCAGUAUCUCUAAUGCAAUUUAUUUUUGUGCAAAAUUGAUCUUUAGUUCUUGAAAUUUAUUCUGUAUCAGAUCAAAAUUGGUGUUUGGAACUAGAUACUUAUUGAAUGAGAUCACUGUUAUAUUACAGCUAAUCUGUCUGAGUGUGUUGAGAGAAUAAUAACAUUUACCUCUUUGUUAGAUGAACCAUAGAAACUUGCACAGAGCUUGUUACAGUUGGAGAUCAAACUUAAAAAUUUAAUGAAUAGUAAUAAGGAGUUUUCAUAAAUUUAUAAUUUCAACCAUAAAAAAAAACCAAACUCUUGACCAAGUUUAUUGAUUAUUUUCUUCCUUAGACAUGAGUCCUCAGUAGUUUUUGCAUGUUUGGCAGUUUGGUUGUUUAAUUUCUAUUUUAUUCAUAAUUGUGAUAUAUAAAAACAACUUUUCAUUUCAGUUUAAAUAGUUAAGAAAGUUAUUCUGUUUAGUUUUAUGGAAUGUUUUUUAUUUUCGUUUUUUAUUUAUGUCUGUGAAAGUUGCUUAAUUUGUAUAUCAUUCCAAAUCAAGUAGUCCUCAAAAAAAUUAUAAAUAUAUUUAUAAAUAUGUAUUUGUGUAAAUUAUUUAUUGAGUGUUGGUCCUAACAAUGGAAAUUUUCCAAGCUCAAAAGAAUACCGGUGUAAAGACAUUUGAAAAGUGUUAUUUACUUGUAAUAUACUGAUUUUUAAAGAGAUAUCAGAAUUAUAUUUUAGCAGAGGUUUUUCUAAUUGAUGUUUUUCAGACAGCAAGUUGUACACAGUAUAUUGUAGGCCACAAAGACAUAAUGUAUGUUUAUUCAGUGAAUUAGUUUCAACGAUUUUCUUUGUAUAAUUUUCCCUAAAAUCAACAAAAUGUUAGAUACAUUGUAAUAAGCAUAACUUAAGUAAUAUACAACAUAUUACUUAAUACAAAAUGUAUUUAAAAGCAAGUAUUGUCAUGUCACAACACUCAUAGAUUUGCUCCUAUCCUUGCCUUGAAUCCUCAGGUCAAAACUCUUAAAAUACCAUACAUUGUUUUAAUGUAACCAUAUACUAUGCCAUGUGUGUUAUAAUAUUCAGGGAAUCAUUAUAUUAGUGCUGCUUUGCUUCUUGCCGGUUAUCACUCUGCAAUUAACAAAUGUAAAGGUAUGCAUUUUCACUAAUUGUUGUUGAAUUUCAAAUCACAAUCAUGCAUUUUACCUUAGCUGGCCCUUAGGACUUGUAUCAGCUGUAAUUAUCUCUUGGCAUGCCUUGGCAGUUUUAAGUUUUUUCUUCAAAAUAUAGAAUAUAUGUAGAGUGUCUAAUAUUAGACUUGCAAAGCAAACUUUUAGUUUAGUUAUUCAUUGUGCACUGUUAUAUCCAGUUAUUUAUUCAUGGCUGGCGUGGCAUUAAUUUUUGCUGGGAUGUUCUCCAUUAUCCAGUAUUAACUACUGAAAAGUGUAUAUUGCUGGUUUCCUGUCAUUGAUGAGCUUAGGAGCUGAGUACCACAUUUUUGAGUACAAACAAGUUGAAACUGUAUAAUGGAUAGCAUCUCUGGUUUCAACUGUCAAAUUUUCAUUCAUAUCAUUAAAUUGCAAACUCAGAACUUCCAAAUACUCUCAGGUAUGAACUGGUUUGUCAGGUACCAAGUAAGGUACAGGUAACAUAUAAACUGGUAUUCAUAAAUUUGUGAAAGGUGUUGUGAAAUAACUUUUAUUCAUGGACAAAGAGAAUUAGGAGUAUUUUGAUAACUUUAGUAGAUGAAAGUCCAUAUAUUGCCAUUAAAAAAAUGAGAUUUUUAUUGGAAGUCCAUCAGUAAAUGAAUACAAACCUUUUCUAAUGAUACAUUAUAAAUAAAAGUGAUUUCACAAUAAUGAUUUAUGAUGCUCAAUUUUAUUUAGAAGAAAAAAGUGUGUUUUGUAUACAAUGGGCAUUUUAGAGUUGGGUGCAAUUGAUAGUAGAUUUCUUUAUUUGUAUAUCUUUAAAAUACCUUGUGCCAUAUUAGAAAAGUCAUAUGAACAGAAAAAUUAGAUAUUGUUAAUUCAUAUCAUAAACAGGAAAUCAGGGUUGAUUCCUAUUUAUUGGAAUGUUUUUAAGUUUUUGUUAUUAGUUUGAGCUGAUGCUGUUACUUUUAAAGUUAUCAUAAAAUUGAUUUUUUCAGGCUAACCAGAAAUUUUAUUAUAAAUUUUUUCCUGAUGGUAGUUAUCUAACUUUAAUACCAGUAAUAAUUUUUUUUUAUAACCAAAAUCUGGUAUCUGCAAAUAUGAAAUAUCCAGGAAACUUUUUAUGUCAAUGUAAGCAGGACAGAUUAAUAUUGUACAGCUGAUAUUUUAUAUAUAUAUAUAUAUAUAUAUAACCUACUUUGUUUAUAAUCCAGGGGUAUUAGGCUACUAUAGGCCCUAGAAGUUUGACUCUCUAGGUUGUUAUAUGUUCUAUGUUCAUUGUGAAAUUGGCUGUUUUAUUAAAUGAUUAUGUGAUUACUUUGCAUGAUAUUCAAUGAUUAUGUGAUUACUUGGCAUGAUAUUCAAUGAUUAUAAACUUGAAUUUAGUGAUAAUUUGAUUACAGAUACUGAAUUUGAUUUGAUAACAGUAGUUGUGUUUUAUGAAUGGUUUUAUAAUUACAAGACAACUUUUACAAAUAUUGAGGUCUAGAAAAAUAGAAAAAAUACAUAUUUCAUUUUUUUCCCAUAGUGAUCAGCCACUAAUAAAAUAACAGGUUUACGUCUGCCGUAUUUGUUUUUCGUAAAUUGUUUUGUUAUAAAUUAUGCCGUAAGUUUUCUCAAUUGAAUUGUUUCAUAUUUUUCAUGUCAGGGCCUUUUAUAGCCGACUAUACGGUAUGGGUUUUUCUCAUUGUUGAAGGCCGUACGGUUGCCAAUAAUUGCUUACAUUCACUUUAUUUGAACUUUGGUGGAUAGUUGUCUCAUUGGCAAUCAUACCACAUCUCCUUAUUUUAUAUUAAUCUACAAAAUUAGUCUAAGAUAAAAAUUGCACUUGGUUUUGAACUAACCUUAAAAUCUAAAGUUUGCCUUCUUGUGUCCAAUUUAAAAGAUUUAUCAGCCUUAAAUUUUUACUCAAAUUACUCAAAAGUGUUGACAGAUUAGAAGUAUUUUUGUGUUUCUUAACAAGUUUGAUAAAACUAAGGGGAAAUGUUGACUUGAGAUCAUCUUUUUGAAAAGUGGAAACCAGAUGUUGUCCUAUUAUCUCACAUUGUUGUCACUUGUGAAAAUAACAAAAAUUCUGGAUGUUUGAUUAAAUCAAGAUUUUACAUAUAUAUGAUGUUAUAAGUUAUAAUUAGAAUGUAUUUUAAACAUGUUUUCACCAUGAUGCCAUUAAAUGGUUCAUUUGGUAGACACAAAGGAUACAUAUGAAUAAGUUAUUAAUCAAGAUAAUCUUUAUGCAGACUGUGACACAUCUGAGGAUGAUUAAACUGUAAAAAGUAAGAUCCAACACCUUCAAGUUCAGUUCAGACCUGCCAAAUCUAGGGAACUCGAGAAAUAAUCAACUCCAUUAUUACUUUGGUGGAUAGUUAUCUCAUUGGCAAUCAUACCACAUCACCUUAUUUUCAUACCAAUUACACUAAAAUAAUAAAAGAAUAGGUUUCAAUUUUGCUAAGGCAUAUAUUGCAUCCCAAAUCUCUUAUUGAAUUAUGGCUCAUUGAAUUUGACAGCAGGCCAGACAUUCAUUUCGUCCCAACACAUCUAGUUAUUAUUUCUGGACAGUCCCAAAAAUGACCAGACCUGUUCAUGCUGUUAGUAGGCAAUUGAUGAAAAAUAUUGAAAGUUAAAUUUUGUUAUUUUGAGGCAUUAUAAGAUUAUAGAACAAUAAGUUUUGAUUGUUUGCUUGACUGUGGAAUGCCUCACAACUUCCAGUGCUUUUAUCUCUUGGAUACAACUACAAUGGCAAUUGUGUGGUUGAUCUUAAAUGAAUUAGGUUAUUUGUGUAGAAUUUUUUCGUUUCGGUUUUAGUGCUCAAGAUGUUUUAGGUUUUCUAAUCUUUUUUUCUAGAGAGUACUUUUUCCAGAGCUGUAUCAUGUACCUUGAUGUUUAUAUAGACCUUACAGUACUCGAUCAAUACCUUAUGCAUGUAAUUGAAUAAUUAAAAUCAAACACUCUUUUUAAAAAGUUUCUUUGAAACAUGUUACAUGUAUAUCAUUAACAUGUGUUGAUAAAAUCUGUUGGUCUAUAGCAAGAAAAAAUAAUUGAUAUAUAAACAUGUACUUUUUUUCUUUAGCAUAUUUUGAUAAAAGCUGUUAAGUCUCAAAAUAAACAUGUGUAAUGAUGAAAUAAAUUGUUUUAAAAAUGUAUGCACACAGGUUGAUUGAUUGAUUGUUGUUUGCUUAACACCCUGUGCCAAACAUUUCUUUAAUAUUCAGAACAAGAAAUUGUGAAAACAAGCCAAUAAUUACAGAAAGGUAGGAAAUAUAUGUGCCAAUGGAAGAAAAAACCUUAGGUGUCAAAAAUUUUGCCUUGCAACUGACCAUUUAUGAGUUGUUGUUUUUGGUUGGUUGUAGUGUGUACCUUUUUAACACAUGCUUUUGAUUUGGCACAUUUUCCUUAAUGUUUUAUACCAUUCAGUUUGUCAUACAAGCUGUCAGAAGUAAUAAAGAAAACAUUAAGUGGAAUCAAUUCAAGAAAUCAAAACUCUUCAUCCAUAAUAAAAAAAUGAGUUCUGUAAUUAGGUAGAUUCCAUCUUUAUUAACAUUUUGAAUAUAAUACUAUAUAAUAUAAUUACUAGACUAUCCCUGAGGCUGAGUUCCAGCUGGGCAAUUUUGGUUUCAACACCUGGUGAUUUUUUAACAGCUCUUUACAAAAUAAAAUUAGAAUCAACCACUCAUUACCAAAUAUAACAAAAAAUGUAUAGAGUAUGCUGUAAUAUUUAUUACUUGUUAUUCUAAUUCAUUUUUUAUUUUUGCUGAAAAGAUUUUUCAUGACAUUUGAUUGUUUACACAUUUGAUUGUUAACCGGUGACAUGUGCAUGUAAUAACUUUGAUAUGUUACAGAUUUCAGUGAUGCAUAUCUUUUAUUAUUAUAUUAUAUGAUACUUCAUUCAUAUUUGUACGCCAUAGCUGAUGAUAUCUUUUUAUAUUGUUCUAAAAUAUUGCAUUUAUGAUAUAUAGCUACCUCUAGCAUUAAGUGGGUGGCCAAGGUUUAUUCUAUUCAGGUUUUUUUUUAUUUCAUAUUUAUUGUUUUAUGCUAAAAAAUGGUUGACAUACAAAGUGAUUGCCAAAUAAUUUUCACCUCAAAAUAAAAAAAACAGUAUUUUACCAUAUUUUUUAUCUUGUGUGAUCAGAGUGAAGAUACACCUAAAUGGUUGAGUGUUCCAGUUCAUUAAGAGACAACUUGUUUUUCAUAGAAACCUAAGUCUUAAAAUGAUUUUUUUUGUGUUAGAUAAAUAGUGGUAUAAUGCUGUAAAUUUCAUCAGACUGCUGUCUACUUCAAAAUUUGACCUUACUCAUGUCAUAUAGUAUCUACAGUAGUGUCAAUGCAAACAAACUGGUGAAAAAUAUCUUAUAAAUUGCAGCUGUUUAAAAUUAGCUCUACAUGUGCCAUGAAAAUAUUAACAUAUUAGCUCUACCUGUGCCAUGAAAAUAUUUAACAUCUUAUUAGCUCUACAUGUGCCAUGAAAGUACUUGACAUCUUAUUAGCUUACCUGCCCAAAAUGCUAAAAAUAGAACAUAAUGGAUAACAUGCAAUUUUAACACAAAAUGUUUCCCUUUUUCAAGAUCUAGACCGGUUCUAAACUAGACAAAUCUACUAUUUUAUUCAUUUUUGACUUACUUAAAAACUAUAAUGGAUAGACGUAAACUAAGUCUAACAAGAUAAUAUUUUGGCCCACAGUUUCUAAUCAACACACAUUAAUUCUUAUUGCAUUGUAGUAUCAGUUUUAUGAAAAAAUACCAGGUGAGCAGUAGAGGCUCCUUUGAGCCUCUAGUUUAUAUAUCUAAAUAUGCCAUGAUGAGUACAUAUUUAUUUAAUUUCAAUUGUGCCAUCUAAGUAUAUAAUGUUUUUCGUUCAUUGUUUUGCUCAUUGUUGAAGGCGGUAUGGUGGCCUUUAGUUGUUAACUUCUACAUCAUUUGGUCUCUGGUGGAGAGUUGUCUCAUUGGCAAUCAUACCACAUCUUCUUAUUUUUAUAUUAAUAUAUUUGCCACUGAAUACAAAUGUACAUUUAUUAUAUGUAUUGUAUUUCACAUACAACAUAAAUAAACCAUGAACUGCAUAUAUAUUAUAUAUACUUCUGCCAUUAAAAUAUGGUGUAAUUAAGAUAUUCACAAGUGUAUAAUCUUUGGCAAAGUAAAAGGAAACAAGUGUAGCAUUUCAAAACAAUAGAUUUAAUCGGUUGAUCCUUUAAUGUAAUGCCCUUUCCAACUAGAAAAUGUACCUGCAUCUAUCAAAAUUGCAAUAUUUUCUGAAUUAGGCCAUAUUAUUGAGUACUUAUAAUAUUGCUUAAUUUAUGUGCUAUGCAGAUCAACAGAGCUAACAUUUUAGUUUGGUAUUUUUUUCAAUCAUUAGAUAAUUAUACUCACCUACAUACCUGAUGUUAAUAAUUUUAAUUGUUGACACUCCAGUUGUUAAUUGUUGACACUCCUGAUGUUAACUGUUGACACUCCUGAUAUUAAUUGUUGACACUCCUGAUAUUAACUGUUAACACUCCUGAUGUUAAUUGUUGACACUCCUGAUUUUAACUGUUGACACUCCUGAUGUAAAUCAUUGACACUUCCGAUAUUAAUUGUUGACACUCAUGAUGUUAAUCAUCGACACUCCUGAUGUUAAUUGUUGACACUCCUGGUGUUAAUUGUUAACAUUCCCUAUGUAACAGAUGUUGACUCAAGAGGAUACAAUCAUUCUAUCAAAUACAUACAAUUAUUAUUUGAUUUGUAAUUAAAUUUUACUGAAAUGAAUCCUAAACAGAGAAAUCAAUUGGAAACUGAAACCAAGUUUUUUAUCUGCUAAGAAAAGCUCUGCACAAAAAACAUUUAAAUGUUAUAAUCAGGAAUUGUUGUGGGGUAUAACAUGCUUGCUUAUAAGUAGAACAUGUAUUUUGACUGAAAAAGGUUGUGAGAAAUGUUGAAUAGAAUGUAAUAUGUGUGGUGGUAAUUUCAUGACAGUCUCCUCAUAUCAAAAUAUACUGCUUACCUCCUCAAAAUUAAAUUGUCAAAACUGAUAAUAUGUUUAAUGUUUUCCAUGAUUUUGUUUAAUUAAUUUUGUGACUCUGAGAUGUUGUUGAUUGAUGUAUUAUAGAUAUAUAUAUAGUAACAACUGUAUUUAUCCAUAGGGUACUCAUUGUCAUGCGUACAGGUGAACCACAAAUUCUAAUGUUCAACGAAAUACAAAUUUCUUAUAUGCUUGUAUGAAGAAUUUUUGCAAAAACCACAAAAUCAAGUAUCCACGAAAAUACAAUAUUAUAUCCAUGAAAAUUAGUACUCCUGAAAUUAUAUGAAUCCCCAGUAUUUGUAAUAAACUAUAAAUUCAGAAAUUAUUGCAAGGUAUUUAUUGAUGCGAAUAAUGUGACUGGGUGAGUAUUGCAACAAUAAGAACUCGUAUUCUGAUAUCUGAUACAUGUACCUGUUUGAUUUGAUUUUUGAUUUUUGGUGUUUUAACGCCACUUUUAAGCACCGCUUUUGGGCUAUUUCGUGGCGGCCAGUUUUUAUUGGUGGAGGAAGCCGGAGUGUACCUGUUUGAAGAUUUUCCUAAAAUCACAUUAAUUAAUCUCGCAUUUUUGUCCAUUCUUAAAAAAUCGCAAUAAAAAAUGCGCACAAUAAUUUCUGAAUUUACAGUAAUUUCCUUAAUUCCCAGAGAUGAAUCUUAAAUGAAAUGAAAUAUUAGUUGUAUUUCCAUAUUAGUUAAGAUACAUUAUUUGACCAAAUGAUUCAGAGGUAUAUUAUUUCCUUGAUGAUUUGGAUCAGUUUGUGAUAUAAUUAACUUGGUGAUUCAGUUUAAACUUUUCUAAUAUUAUUUCAUGAUAAUUCAGGUACAUCUGUUUGUAUGUUACUUCCCCUUGAAUUGCAAAAUAUGUUUUUAAUAUUAUUUUUCUGUUAUAUACAAAAUAUAUAUAUGUAGCAUUGUUUUCCCCUGGUGAUUUCUAGACAUCUAUUUAUUAUAUUAUUUCUGUUUUUAUUGUACAAUAUCUUUUUGCAAUGUUAUUUCCCUACUGAUUGUAAAACAUCUCUUUGUAAAGCUAUUUCCCUAUUAUUACCCGGUGAUUAUAUAUUAUAUUCUUGUUGGUUCUAUAACAGUUAUCAUUUGUGCCAUGUUGAUUUUCCUAGUUGAUUCAGAAAAGACAAAUAUUUCCCCGGUGAUUCUAAACUUGCUCAUUUUAUAUAUACAUGUAUAUAUUUAUAUUUUACAUAUGUUGGUAUGUGUAAUCAUUGACCCAUGUUAAAUGUUAAAAUGUCAUAGGAAAUAAAUUUGAUAACA